UUUCCCAUCUAAGUGUCUAUCGACUUUUGUUAUCGACCAUCUCAAUUGCAAAUCUUAGAAGCGUAAAAUGACUACAGAAAAAGGCGAGCAGUUGAGACAACAACUUAUAGCGGCGGUGGUGAAGAAACGAGCGGCGAUUGCGCGAGCCCAUGAAAUCGUGGUGCGUCUUUUGGAGCCCGGAAUACCGGAGCCGGAGUUCCUGUCCCUGCUCUGUGAGAUUGGCCCCCCAAAUUAUUCUGACAUAGUGGACGAACGGGAAAUAAACAAACUUUGUGGAUAUCCACUUUGUUCGACAGUUCUAGAAAACGUUCCCAAGCAAAAGUAUAGUAUAUCCGCUGCCAAAAACAAAGUCUACGACAUCACAGAACGUAAGAAAUUCUGUUCCGGAUACUGUUUUAAGGCCUCCGAAUAUAUAAAGUCACAGGUGCCCACAUCGCCAUUGUGGCUGCGAGAUAGGGAGACGAGGCCCAGCUUUCAGCUGCUAUCACGAAAUACUUGACCAUCAAUAUACAUAGCUCUCAAAGCGUUUAUAUUUAUUUCGUAUAAGCAUUAAGACCAUUUGUUCAUUA